GACACUUGCUGUUGUCAAUUUACGUUCGUGGAGGUCUUCUGUGAAUGCACUGGCGGGAGAAAGUCGUCUGUGUAAUAAGAAGAUUUUGCGAAACAUUUUAGUGACUGGAACGGAAACUACAGCCUCUGUUUUACUCUUUUAAUGAUUUAGUAACUGUUUAGUGGCAAACCGCGUCGAGGACAACUGUUUGACAAAAAAAAACAAUUGUGUCUGGACAGGAACGUUUGACAAGCUAGUCGGCUAGCUAGCUUAUUAGCUUGCUAUCUGGCUAUCAGUCUGUUGGAUUCAAGUGUUAUCGUGACUUUUGCCGGCGAGGCACAGAACGUUGGUGUUUUUCAACAAGACCUUCGAAACCAGAACUUGUAAGCUUUUUGUUGUUGCUAUAUUUGGAGCAGAGAUUCUGCUGUUGUUCGAAGUGGGCGGCAAGACCGGUUUGGAUAUCAACCUUCGCCUCAUCGCCUGGCUCCGACAUCCCCGGCUACUAGCAACAUUUGCCAGAGGAGGCUAGCUAUCUAUCGUAGACGUCCAUCUCGCUUUUGUCCAGGCAGAGGGUUUUCUCGCCAGCAAUACAAGGACAAACAGCUGCUAUUUUGAUCCACUCAACUAGCUGCAAGAAAAUGGCGAAAGUACAAGUGUUGAAUGUAGCAGUUUUGGACAACCCUAGCCCUUUCGGAAACCCAUUCCAGUUUGAAAUCACAUUCGAAUGCAUGGAAGAUUUACCCGAAGACCUGGAGUGGAAGAUCAUCUACGUCGGCUCGGCCGAAAGUGAGGAGUACGACCAGGUCCUAGACUCGGUGCUGGUCGGGCCCGUGCCAGCUGGACGCCACAUGUUUGUGUUUCAGGCAGAUGCGCCAAACACGGGGCUGAUUCCGGAGAGUGAUGCCGUGGGCGUGACCGUGGUGCUGAUCACCUGCACCUACAGGGGUCAGGAGUUCAUCCGCAUCGGUUACUAUGUCAACAACGAGUACACGGAACCAGAGCUGCGGGAGAACCCACCCAUCAAGCCAGACUACACACAACUCCAGAGGAACAUACUGGCAUCCAACCCGCGCGUGACGAGGUUCCACAUCAACUGGGAGGGAACCGCUGACAAGAUGGAGGACUCGGAGAACGUGGACCCCGCACCCAACACCAUGCUGCCGCCAUCCUGUCUCCCUGGAAAAGCCCCGCCCCUCGGACUGUUGCCAGACAACUCCAUGGACUGUCUGUAAACAAAAACAAAAAACACACACACACGCACACACUCAGACACACACAUUUGCAUAUGUACUUAACCUCACAAGCUCUUAAGCACGAUAGUGCUACUGUUACACAGUAUGGUGAAGGAUGAAGCACUCAAAACACACACACACACACACACACACAUACAUAAUUUCUCUGCAACCUAAACACACUCGGCAGGUUAAGGCGCUGUGUGUUGUUCUCGGGUUGACCAUUGUGAGGGCUGGGAGCGUGUGUGAACGCCUUGCUUGUGGCCACCUGUUUGGGUUUCCCUUACAGUCAAGCAAAGAGAAGAAAGAAGUGCGUUAGCACUGACCUGCUCCUUACACGAACACACACACACACACACACACACACACACACACACACACACCAGCAUUGCCUUCCAGCACGUGCUCCCGCGCUGGAGAGAAGUUGGCUCUGCCUGUCGUCGUCGUCCUCCUUCUGUGACAGCCAAAACUCAUUUCUCUUUGGACUCCCUCGGAAGUUUUUAUUUUGGAUUUGGAAUGAAGCAGCUAUCUGUUUUGAAAAGAAAACACAAAACCUUGUGUUGUCUAUUGUAUGUGUUUGUUUGUUUGUUUGUUUUUUUGUAUAUUGAAGCGAACAAAAAGAAACAUGUUGUAUCAAAACUAAAGGUGGGGUUUCCCUGGCUUUUUA